AAAAUAAAACACAUGGUGGGGUGGGGCAAACCAAAAAACCAAAGAAACAGAAUUAUCUUCUUGAUCAAAAGCAAAUAAGGCUUUUUCUGUUGAGUUUCUCUAGUUUUGAGUUGUUGGGUUCAUUCUUCAAUCUGGAAAAAUGCCGGAGGGAAUAACAGCUGAGAAUCUUUUGAACAACAUCGUGGAAUCUCUUUCUGAUGGUGGGCCGAAACAUAAAUCUACAUCAUUCUUUCAAGAGGAAGGUGCAAGCUCUGUUAGUACUCAAUUCAAUAGGCUAUUUGGACGUCAGAAACCAAUACACCAUUGUUUGGGUGGAGGCAAAUCUGCUGAUGUGCUGUUGUGGAGAAACAAGAAAAUCUCAGCCGGUAUUUUAGCCAGUGCCACAGCCAUCUGGGUACUAUUUGAGUGGCUCAACUACAAUUUUCUUUCACUUUUAUGCUUUGCUCUGAGCAUUGGUAUGAUCGCUCAGUUUCUUUGGAAAAAUGCUUCUGGGGUAAUAAACAGGUCGCAAUCUAAGGUUCCUCGUCUUGUCUUACCUAAUGACCUCUUCAUCAAUAUUGCCACGGCAAUAGGCGCUGAAAUAAACCAUGGGUUGGGCUUCCUUCAAGAUGUUGCAUGUGGUGGUGAUCUGAAACAAUUCUUACUGGUUGUAGUGAGCUUGUGGGCUGCUGGUAUCAUAGGAAGCUGGUGCAACUUCUUGACUGUUCUAUAUAUUGGUUUCAUUGCUGCCCACACGCUUCCAGUGCUAUAUGAAAGAUAUGAAGAUGAAGUUGAUGGUUUUGUCUAUAAUGCCCUCGAACAGCUUCGAGGCCAUUACAAGAAGCUGGAUUCUGGUGUCCUCAGCAAAAUACCAAGAGGCAACUUCAGGGGAAAGAAGCUCGACUAGAUCAUAAUGUUAGUAAAUGUAAUCGAUCGAUCUAGUUGAAUGCCAGCUUGUAUGCUGAGAAUAUGAAACUCAUUUAAUGCAACAAAUUGCUGUAUUUAUGCUUAGGAUUAAUGGAGGUGACAAAUUUAGUAAAUUAAAAGAAAGAAAAGUGUGUUGAAUAUUUGCUUACCUUGUGUAAAUGCUGCAUGCACUUGAUUGAUAUUAUUGGCAUUUGAAAAUAAAUUGAGUUUCUGCAGAAA